AUGCCUCGCAUUUAUAAACCUAAACCAGGGUGUAAGCAGUACAAAAAGUAUGAUGAGGAAAUAAUUAAAAAAGCUCUUGAAGAAUUGAAUUAUAAUCAUGUGAAAUCAAAAUCUGUGGCCGACAAGUAUGGUAUAUCAAAAUCAACUCUUCAUCGCCAUCAUACCAAUAAAAAUAUAAAAUGCCCUGGUGGCCAAACAGCGCUUACACCAGAUAUAGAAGAUCUAUUGUUAGAAAACUUAAAUACGUGUGCAGAGUGGGGAUAUCCCCUAGAUACAACUGACUUAAGAUACUUAGUCAAAAUGUAUCUAGACACACAAGGGAUAGUACACAAAAAGUUUAAAAAUAAUUUACCAGGAAUAGACUACACAAACGGUUUUCUAAAACGGCACAAAAAUAAAAUUUCAAAGAGACUAUGCCAAAACAUAAAAAGAUCUAGGGCUGCAGUUUCACCAGAAUCUAUACAGACAUACUUCUGUGAGUUGAAAAAAUCCUUAGAAAAUGUUCCAGCUACAAAUAUUAUAAAUUAUGACGAGACGAAUCUCUCUGACGAUCCUGGCCGAAAAAAAGUAAUUGUAAAACGAGGUUGUAAAUACCCGGAAAGGGUAGUAAACCAUUCAAAAGGCUCAACAUCUUUGAUGAUGGCAUGUACAGGCUCAGGAGAACUAUUGCCACCGUACAUUGUUUAUAAGGCUUCACACCUUUAUAACACAUGGGUUGAGAAUGGCCCUGAGGGUGCAAGGUACAAUCGGUCUAAAUCCGGAUGGUUUGACGGUGACAUUUUCAAAGACUGGAUCGAAACCACAGUCGUAUCUUUUUUUGAAAACAAAGAAGGAAAAAAGAUCCUGAUCGGAGACAACUUGUCUUCGCAUCUUUCCGUGGAUCUGAUUAAAUUCUGUAAAGAAAGGAACAUACAUUUUGUCUUUUUACCGGCGAAUUCUACGCAUAUAACCCAGCCGUUAGACUUAGCCUUUUUUAGGCCGAUGAAAUUAGCCUGGCGACAACUACUAGACAAGUGGAAGAACACUGACAUCAGUGCCUAA